AUGGAGGGCCUCAACAAUGGCGACACCGCAUGGAUGGCAAUGUCCUGCGCGCUGGUGCUCUUCAUGACGCCGGGGCUCGCCUUCUUCUACGGAGGUUUAGUGCGUGACAGCAACAUCGUCAACACCAUGAUGAUGUCUAUCAUCUCGAUGGGACUCACGACCAUCACUUGGCUGAUCUUCGGCUUCAGCUGGUCCUUCGACGAGUGGGGCGCAGGUAAGGGCUUCACGUACGUGGGCUUCCGUCAUCUCCAAGACAAGGUCUGGCCCGACACCACCAUGCCAGGCCUGACCUUCGCAAUCUUUCAGAUGACCUUCGCCAUCAUUGCAGCAGCGAUCAUCUCGGGCGCGGUGGUGGAGCGCAUUCGGUUCUCGGCCUAUGCCAUUUUCAUCGUCGUCUGGGUCCUUGCAGUGUACGUGCCGCUGUGCCACUGGAUCUGGGGCGGCGGCUGGAUCGCAGAGAUGGGCGCCAAGGACUUUGCUGGUGGGACGGUGGUCCACAUCAGCUCCGGCACUUCCGCCUUUGCACUUGCAUCGCUGCUGGGCGAGCGCAAGCACCGAGCAGAGUCCUUCCCCAGCAACCUGCCGUUCGUCAUCUUGGGCGGUGGCAUCCUGUGGCUUGGAUGGACCGGCUUCAACGGUGGAUCUGCCUUCGCCGCCAACGGAGACUGCGCCUUGGCCGUGGCAACGACGUACAUCGCGGCGGCUGCGGCAAUGAUCAUGUGGGUCACGGUGGAGCGCAUCCUGGACGGGGCCCCCACGUCCAUCGGUGCCAUGUCCGGCGCGGUGGCUGGACUUGUGAACAUCACUCCCUGUGCCGGCUUCGUGGAGCCCUUGGGUGCUCUGGGAGUUGGUGCAAUUGGCGCGCUCUGCUGCAUCUUCGCAGCUCGUGGCCUGAAGAAGCUGAACCUUGUGGAUGACUCGCUGGACUGCUUCAGCCUCCACGGCGUCGGAGGCUUCGCCGGCGCCAUCCUUGGCGGCUUCUUCGACACCGGGGAUGGCUUGAUCUACGGCAACGAUGGAAUGCUGCUGGUCAAGAACCUCGCCGGCGCCGCUUUUGGCGUGGUCUACUCCGCAGCGGUCACGGCGGUGAUCUUCUUCCUCAUGCGCCUCGUGAUGCGCAUGAGGGUCAGCGAGGAGCAGGAGCUGGAAGGUGUGGAUCUUCACUGCCACUCCGAGGUUGCCUACGGCAAGAACGAGAACUCGGGCAAGCCCAACGCCUUUGGCGAGCACUCCCAGCGUUUCAAGCCCGAGGAGGCACCGACGCUCCUGACAAGCUGUGAGAGCAUCCUGUCCUCGAGGCCCAAGUUUCUAGAUGCUGCACAGGACAGCAUCUUAGCCUGCUUCAUUGCAGUGCAUUGCAGUGCAGCGAAGACUGCAGCCACUUGGCCUCGAAGUAGCAUCGGCUUUUUCGAAGGGAUGGAGGGCCUCAACAAUGGCGACACCGCAUGGAUGGCAAUGUCCUGCGCGCUGGUGCUCUUCAUGACGCCGGGGCUCGCCUUCUUCUACGGAGGUUUAGUGCGUGACAGCAACAUCGUCAACACCAUGAUGAUGUCUAUCAUCUCGAUGGGACUCACGACCAUCACUUGGCUGAUCUUCGGCUUCAGCUGGUCCUUCGACGAGUGGGGCGCAGGCCUGACCUUCGCAAUCUUUCAGAUGACCUUCGCUGCUUGGUGCGAUGUCGGGUGCACUGCAGCCAUCAUUGCAGCAGCGAUCAUCUCGGGCGCGGUGGUGGAGCGCAUUCGGUUCUCGGCCUAUGCCAUUUUCAUCGUCGUCUGGGUCCUUGCAGUGUACGUGCCGCUGUGCCACUGGAUCUGGGGCGGCGGCUGGAUCGCAGAGAUGGGCGCCAAGGACUUUGCUGGUGGGACGGUGGUCCACAUCAGCUCCGGCACUUCCGCCUUUGCACUUGCAUCGCUGCUGGGCGAGCGCAAGCACCGAGCAGAGUCCUUCCCCAGCAACCUGCCGUUCGUCAUCUUGGGCGGUGGCAUCCUGUGGCUUGGAUGGACCGGCUUCAACGGCGGAUCUGCCUUCGCCGCCAACGGAGACUGCGCCUUGGCCGUGGCAACGACGUACAUCGCGGCGGCUGCGGCAAUGAUCAUGUGGGUCACGGUGGAGCGCAUCCUGGACGGGGCCCCCACGUCCAUCGGUGCCAUGUCCGGCGCGGUGGCUGGACUUGUGAACAUCACUCCCUGUGCCGGCUUCGUGGAGCCCUUGGGUGCUCUGGGAGUUGCUCGGAAGACAGAGGUUGGUGCAAUUGGCGCGCUCUGCUGCAUCUUCGCAGCUCGUGGCCUGAAGAAGCUGAACCUUGUGGAUGACUCGCUGGACUGCUUCAGCCUCCACGGCGUCGGAGGCUUCGCCGGCGCCAUCCUUGGCGGCUUCUUCGACACCGGGGAUGGCUUGAUCUACGGCAACGAUGGAAUGCUGCUGGUCAAGAACCUCGCCGGCGCCGCUUUUGGCGUGGUCUACUCCGCAGCGGUCACGGCGGUGAUCUUCUUCCUCAUGCGCCUCGUGAUGCGCAUGAGGGUCAGCGAGGAGCAGGAGCUGGAAGGUGUGGAUCUUCACUGCCACUCCGAGGUUGCCUACGGCAAGAACGAGAACUCGGGCAAGCCCAACGCCUUUGGCGAGCACUCCCAGCGUUUCAAGCCCGAGGAGGCACCGACGCUCCUGACAAGCUGUGAGAGCAUCCUGUCCUCGAGGCCCAAGUUUCUAGAUGCUGCACAGGUCAAAUCUGCCACGAUGGACAAAUGGAAGGAGGAACAGGCGGUGCCUUGCCUUACCAUCGGCAACGAACGCUCCAACGCUUACUAUGAGUACAACGUUCCUGCCGGUGCCAAGUACGUCUCCAAGUCGCAGGUUGCGGCAGGGGACAAAAUUGACCCGGUGGAGGCAAGGAAGAUGGAGCGCUGGAUCCGUGCGAAGUACGAGGCGAAGAAGUACGCCCAGCCGGGUGUCGACCCGCCGCAUGUUCGCCUGGCCCGAGGCGAGUCUCUAACAGGUGGCCAGAAGGAUGACCAACAUCAAGAGGAGGCUUCUCCCGUGAGCGAGAAAAGUGAAAAGGAGAAGAAGGAGAAGAAGGAGAAGAAAGAGAAGAAGGAGAAAAAGGACAGCAGGAAGGAGGUCAAAGAAGCAAAGAAGGACAAGAAGGACAAGAAGGAGACUUUGGAGGUGGAGGACUCGCCAUCGAAAAGCUCCUCGAGGAAGGAGAGAGCUUCAGGAAAGCGCUCCGACGGUCGAGGCAAAAGCAAGAGCCACGAAGCCUUUAUGGAAGCAGAGGCCUCCUUUGCAGCCUUGGGCAGCUGGGCUGCGGACGCCUCUGCCAGUGCUUCGCCGGAGCGAAAGGAGAGGAAAGGUCGCAAGAAGCGGGCUGCAGCCUCCGCAGCCGAGGACGUUGGAUUCUACACCGGGGAAGGUUCUCCAUUCUCGCCCUCUCCAGAGACGUCACCAGAGUAUCACACGGAGUAUCACCCAUCGUAUGCUGACUACACCGAUCACACGAGCGGCGCUUUUGGUGGAGCCGGCUAUGAUGUCCAGGCUACCGGCCAAGCCAAUUAUGACUAUGGGUAUCCCAGCGGAG